GUGGCCGAGGGAAAAUCUCUCACUCCUUGUUCAGAGCGGACUCGAAAUCAUCCCAAUACGUAUCACAGUGCCAUCUUUGAAUAUGGAAAAAGCUGGAACUCUAGGUGCGUCGGCACCUCCCGCUGCAUCCGAGGCCAGCCAACCGCCCCUCUAUCCUCAAAUGCCUCCCAUGGAUCCUCCGCCGCCGUACACCCCUCAUCCCGGAUUCGCAGUUCCGCAACCACAAGCGGUUCCCCAGCCUGCGGCUCCGGGGGUUACCGUACCUCCGAGAGUGGACAUACACGUCAUCCGUGCGCGCAUGGGACCGCACUCUCAGCAAGUGACGUGCGGCAGGUGUGGAGCUCUGAUCAUGACAGAAACUCAUGUGCGACCGGGACUAUUGACGUAUCUGUUGUGCUCAGCGUUGAUCCUCCUGAGUUGCUUCUGGGGCUGUUGCCUGAUUCCCUGCUGCAUCCCUGAAUGUCAAGAUGUUGACCACCGCUGUCCGUCUUGCAAUGCCCAUCUCGGGACCUAUAAACGUUUAUGACACAUCGGCCCCUCAAGCUUCGUCACUUACCCCGUAACGGAGGCUACACAUCGCGCUAUGAGAUCGAAUGGCACACAGUAGACAGAUUUUUUACAAGAACCUGUCUAGCGGCGACGAUAUCUGAUCACUCGGCAUUCCAACGGGUUUAUUUUCGAACGGUGACGUUGUUGUCCAAGUAUUCCUCGUUCACUGCACACGCGACUUCUGAAUCUGGCUCUACCCAUCGUAUUCUGCGAGAAAUUUUCUCUCGACAGAGACGCAUUUUGUGUUCAUUCUUGCUUUCAGUAUAAGGGAGACGGAUCUCACGUUUCGCCCUCUACGAUGAUAAUGAAGUAAUUAUGGGGUUAUCUUCAGUUGAGAGGGAAGAGAACUUUGAUUCUCGUUAAGCCCAGGGUCACCCUGAUUAGAGCUCUCCACUAGAGUAAUAUAAAUGCAUAAAAAAAAACUCAUCCCUCGGAUGAGUCAGAACAAUAUUAGGGCUGAGAGCUUCUGCAUAUCUUUGACCGAUGCGAAUAUUACGGGUGAUGGCCGUAACAUUCGAUAUCAUCGAAUGUGGGGACGAUUGUUGAAAUUAUCCAUUGUUGACCCGAGCUCCAAGCCGGGUUUCGAGUUCACCACAAUUUUGUGUUCCCCCAUAAGCGGACUGCUUUUGUGAUCUUCUGUGACCGAUACCCAAUCAAGACGAAUCCGAUUGUUAUGAUGUGGUUUCUCUGCGCUGCUCACACUUGGCAUCGAUUUUCGAUUGUUGAAGAGGUCUCCUCCCCUUAACAUUUACUAUCGACGUGAUUGCGAUAUUCACAAAGUAAAUAAAGACGUUAUCCACGACGGCACA